GGCCUGUCAACUGCUCUCGGGCCGGGCCUCUCUCUCUCGACGGCCGCGGCGCGCUCGUUAGUUGCUGCGUGCUGCCCGUGUGUCGACGACUCACGCAUGUGCGCCCGCGCCGCCGCUGAUAACAAGCGCAGCAGAGACAAUUCGCGAUCGCGCAAUCAACAAGUGCAUCGCGGGUGUGGAGCGACCAUCUUGGAUAGAUACAAUAUCCGCAUUUCGAUUACUUAUUGGAUUUAGUGCGGAUUGAUAUUAUUAUUUUGCGUUUGCUUCAGUGGUCGAACGAUAAUGACGUUGACACUGGCGAAGAGGUGAAAAUUCACGUGGUGCAGUGUUUUUCUUCUUCUUCGUGUGUGCGCGCGCGGCGUAUGGAUGCCUGCCGCAUGAGGAACGUGAGAUAAUAAAUGCCCGAAAAGGAGGCGGACUUUCUGCACGCCGCCAUGUCCGCCGGGCUGCCGCUGCAGUUUCCGUCGGCGUUCGCCGCCUUCCACGCGCCGCUGCCGAUUGAUCAGCGUACGCACGAGGGCCGCUACGUCUGGGAUCCUCGCAUGCAGCCGGCGCCGACUUCUUUUCAUCCACCGGCUCCACCAGGGGUGAGUGGAAGUCCUGGCGGCGGACUCCAACUGUUGGGAAGGGAACUCCAUCCCGCCUAUCGCCUGCCACACCACAUGGAGUACAUCUACUCGCUGCAGCAUUCGACGGCGAAUAUUCACGGGUUGGGAUUGUCGCCAGAAUAUCUUGGCGCCCGAGGGCUGACAGAGUUGCACCCGGGGGCGUCGACGCUGGCGAGCAGCGACUACCCGUUCAGCAUCGAUGGUUCGCGGCUGAACAGUCCCCGGCCGGGGUCAAUCCGGGCAUCACGGAAACGCGCCCUCUCGUCAUCGCCCUAUUCGGAUUCGUUCGAUAUCAACUCGAUGAUCCGUUUCUCGCCGAAUUCGCUUGCAUCCAUUGUUAAUGGAUCGCGUUCAUCUUCGGCGAGCGGUAGCUAUGGCCACCUGUCUGCGGGGGCGCUUAGCCCUGCGCUUAGCAUGCACCCCGGCGUUCACCUGCAACAACUCCAGGCGCAUCUUAUGCGUAGCGCUGGAUCUCUCCUGCCUCUGCCACCAGCACCUACGGCGCCUCAUCCAAUGUACUCUCUGGGGCAUCACCCUUUACAUGUCAGCUCCUCCACGACCAAUAGCCACAAGACUGAUGCGUUGAUGCGCAAGAAAUCCGAUGCCAAUACGAUAAUUUCGGUUGAUGAUGGUGUGCGAAAGCCCAGGAUCAAAAAGGAGCCUAAUCUGGCCCCAUCUUGUAAUAAUAACGAAGGUGGAGAUCCUAGCGAUUUGAAGGAUGAGCCAGGGGAUUUCAUAGAGACAAAUUGUCAUUGGCGGGAGUGUGGCACUGAAUUUCCCACCCAAGACGACUUGGUAAAACACAUUAAUAAUGAUCAUAUUCACGCGAAUAAGAAAUCAUUUGUGUGUCGGUGGGAGGGAUGUUCCCGGGCGGAAAAACCCUUUAAGGCGCAAUAUAUGCUUGUCGUACAUAUGCGCCGUCACACGGGGGAAAAACCGCACAAGUGUACGUUUGAGGGUUGCGUGAAGGCGUACUCGAGGCUGGAGAACCUAAAGACGCACUUGAGAUCCCACACUGGGGAAAAACCCUACACCUGCGAGUAUCCAGGAUGCUCAAAGGCUUUCAGUAAUGCUUCGGAUCGGGCUAAGCAUCAAAAUCGCACACAUAGUAAUGAGAAACCUUAUGUCUGCAAAGCACCUGGUUGUACAAAACGUUAUACCGAUCCCAGUUCACUCCGAAAACACGUGAAAACUGUUCAUGGAGCUGAAUUUUACGCGAAUAAGAAGCACAAGGGUAUCGACGGCGGUUCUGAUGAUGGUCCUACUGGAUUAGAUUCAUCCCCUCGCAGUGAGGAUAUGCAGAGUCACAAAACGGCGAGUCUUAGCUCCCCGAGUAUAAAGUCCGAGUCCGACGUCAACUCUCCCGGUCAUCAGCAGCAAGGAAGCCCACUGGGUGUCACACAAUUGGCAGGUGGUUUUGGCGACGACCUUGCCGAUGCAUCCGUGCAGAGGGCAGGCGGGCCGCUGGACGAUCCCGCAUGGCCUUACGACGCAGAAGACCUGGAAAUUGAUGAUCUCCCUAUUGUUUUGCGCGCUAUGGUUCAAAUCGGAUCGGAUCGUGGUAGCACCGGUGGUGGUGGUGGUAUGGGUGGUGGCUUUGCUAGAAAUAGACUGAAGCCUCGACUCCAGGCUAAACCCAUUAUCCCAUCAUUACCACCACCGUCCGCUGGAGUCCAACGGAAAACUUUGGGAAUCACCGACCUGAACAGGCGGAUAACUGAUCUCAAAGUUGAAGGUGGUGUUCAGACUCAGAACAACCUUAAAGGCCAAAUGACUGAUGUACACUCAAGAUUGCAGCCUAUUGGGCAGGGUCACACUCAAGCUCAAAUCCGACGAGACAGUAAUUCUACUGUCAGUUCGUACUACGGCAGUAUGCGCAGUGCGGACAUGAGCAGAAAGAGUAGUGUGGCAUCGCAGGCCUCCAGUAUGUUGCGCCCUGUGGCAGGACCAAGCUCAUUCUACGAUCCCAUUUCGGCUGGUAGCUCCAGAAGAUCAAGUCAGUUAUCCACCGUGACGACAGGAGGCGUUAGCUUACCUCCACCACCGCCGUCUCAUCUUUUGGCUGGCCAACUGCAAAAGAUCCAAGCUGGUAACAAACCACCCACCCCUACAAGUAACUUGGUUCUACAGACACAAAAUGUUUCCCUGCAGCAGACAGCCUUGCAACAAUCCUGGUUAUCCAUGGAUUUAUCGACGGUACGGCAAUCUACAACUACCACACACAGUACCGACACGCGUCGAGCAUCAGAACCAUGUCAUACGCUUACAGACCGAAAGAGCCCACCACCCCGACCUUCUUCAGUUACCCUUUCGCCACUCAAGGGCUCAUGCACUGAGUUGCACCCUAAUCAAGCAGUGGUUCUUGAUGAGGUUGGUGAGGGAGAGAUGGUAGAAAACAAACUGGUCAUUCCUGAUGAGAUGGUUCACUAUCUGAACCAAGUUGCCGACACCCAAAACGACUUCGCUGCAACUCCAAGCUGGAACGAACAGAAGCCGGUACCAAGCCCCAAUGUAAAUGUUAACCAGGCAUUCAAUCAAGCCAAUGUUAUGUCUCCAUCGUCUAAUCCAAUGAUGCCGGCUUCUCCUGGAAGUAAUUUGAAUCAGAUGAUUGCUUCCCCCGCAAGUAAUCUCAAUCAGAUGAUGCACUCACCAGCAUCGAAUCUGAAUCAAAUGAUCGCUUCUCCUGCUAGCAAUUUAAAUCAAAUGAUGCCUUCACCGGCAGCGAAUCUAAAUCAAGUGAUUGCAUCUCCAGCGAGUAAUUUGAAUCAAAUGAUGCCGUCACCAUCAUCCACUUUCAAUCAACAAAUGAUGCCUUCCCCGUCUUCGAACUAUAACAUUUCAAAUCCUUUAGUUUCUCCCGGCGUUCAAGGAGUGCAAAAUGUGGGCAUUCCGCAGUCGCCUGCCUCCAAUAUGAGUCAGAUGAUGCAUUCUCCGAUGUCGAUGCAAUCGCGCUGUCAUUCGCAACUGAUGUCGCCAAACUCGCAACAUAACGGCAUGAUGAAGAGUCCGGCACACUGUGCGAACAACACUAACAUGUACAGCAUGAACAAUCACAAUUGCUACAAUGUGCAGGCCCAACAGCAACAAAUGGGACUACAGCAACAUCAACAUCAUAAUCAGCCUCAAAAUAAUUGCUAUAUGUGGGAAAACAAUAUGCAGCAACCGAACCAAAAUGGCGGCCAGCACAAUAUGUGCCAGUCGCGGAAUUAUCAAUGUCGGCCACAAUCGAGCGCGAGUUUUGUUAGCAAUAUGCAUAAUAGCAAUCAACAGUGCUAUCCCAACAAUCAGGUCACUCACAAUCAUGGGCAUGCGCAUGUUACUCCGCAUGGAGUAUGCAACACAAUGAAUUACAACAAUUGUAAUCCGCAGCAACAACCUCAGCCUCCUAUCAAUUAUUGCAACACGGCGUAUACAUGUGUCUCAAAUGAGCCGUUAGCGUCCCCAGCAAUUGCCACCCCCGCGCCGACUGACAUGGUAGGCCAACCCCAGCAAGCUCAGAUGGCUCGUCCGUGCAACCACUUUGAUAAUUGUUAUCAGCGUCAACAACAGCCUCAUCCCCAGAUGAACCCGUGCAAUUGCAGUUGUACGAAUGGCAACAUGUACAAAUUUUCGCACGGCAAAAACGGUGAAAUUCAAUGUAAAGAUAUCAGCCAGUCACAAAUGUCUCCAGGCAUUGUUCCGCAACCAGUCCAAGCUCAAGGCAAUAUUACCGCGAUACAACCUGCAAACGCGCAAUCCACGAGUUUGCAACCAGUUGCAAUGCGUCACGAUACUUAUCAACGCACUCUGGAGUACGUACAGAAUUGCCAAUCAUGGGUUGGUGCUGGACAGAACAGCGAAACAGUGACGAGCAGUACGCAUCCUUUGGCUGCCAAGUGCACUGACACCGGCAGCUCCAACAUGAUCAUCAAUGAUAUGACCUCAUCCCUGAGCUCGCUCUUGGAGGAGAAUCGCUAUUUACAGAUGAUCCAAUAACGGGAAAUUGAUCGUAUUCAGCGAAAACAAUGUGUACCUUGUGAUAUUAUAAGAAAUUAAUAUGUUUUGAUAAGGUCUUUAAUAAUAAUGCAAUGAAAAUGCCCGCGAAUCUUUUGACAAACGUUCAUGUUUGAAACAAAAUGGAAAAUGGCUUUAACGAAAAAUGUCUAAACAAUUUAACUGACGUUGGGGGUAAAAAGAUAAUUGUUGUAACUUAUUUUAUAUUGCCGCAUCUUCGGCUUGAAAUUGUCAUACCUGGAGAUUGGAGUUGAUUUAGAUUUGUAUUUGCGGACUGCAGAUCUCACAAUGUUAGGGUUUUUUUUUUGUUUAAAUGUCUGUAAGGCGUUCAGCCAUCUACUGCCAUGUUUUAUUGUGUAAUAAACGAAGCGAUGAUUUUUGUAAUAUUUUUAUAUAGAGAGAAAACACAAAUUUGAUUUUUAUUGAAAUUUAUGAGAAUGAUGACUCAUUGUUACAUUUUUUAUUUAAUGCUCUAGGAAGUAAGUAAAUCCGACUAUUACUGUAAAUAUGUUUAAGAUUAUCGUAUUGAGGCUUUUGAGAAGCGUUGUGAGGAAUAUUGAAUUUACUUAAUGAUAUAAAUAAAUUAAGUGCUAAAGUAAA